AUGAGUGCGCUCAGCGGCCCCCGCCUCGUGCCCUGCGGCCUGCUGCUGCUGCUGUUCCAGGCCCCAUGCGCCCCUGGCCUCGCUCCCCUGUCCAGAGGGCACCUCUGCCGGACCCGGCCCACCGACCUGGUGUUCGUCGUCGACAGCUCACGCAGCGUGCGGCCCGUGGAGUUUGAGAAGGUGAAGGUGUUCCUGUCCCAGGUCAUCGAGUCGCUGGACGUGGGGCCCAAUGCCACCCGCGUGGGCCUGGUCAACUACGCCAGCUCCGUGAAGCAGGAGUUCCCGCUGCGGGCCCACAGCUCCAAGGCUGAGCUGCUGCAGGCUGUGCGCCGCAUCCAGCCGCUGUCCACGGGCACCAUGACGGGUCUGGCCAUCCACUUCGCCAUCACUAAGGCCUUAAGCGAUGCAGAGGGCGGUCGCCCCAGGUCCCCCGACAUCAGCAAGGUGGUCAUCGUGGUGACGGACGGGAGGCCCCAGGAUAGCGUGCGGGAUGUGUCUGCGCGGGCCCGGGCCAGCGGCAUCGAGCUGUUCGCCAUCGGCGUGGGCCGCGUGGACAAGGCCACGCUGCAGCAGAUCGCCAGCGAGCCGCAGGACGAGCACGUCGACUACGUGGAGAGCUACAGCGUCAUCGAGAAGCUGUCCAAGAAGUUCCAGGAGGCCUUCUGCUUGGUGUCAGACCUGUGUGCCACGGGCGAUCAUGACUGUGAGCAGGUGUGUAUCAGCUCCCCGGGCUCCUACACCUGUGCCUGCCGCGAGGGCUUCACCCUGAACAGUGACGGCAAGACAUGCAAUGUCUGCAAUAGUGGCGGGGGCAGUUCGGCCACUGACCUGGUCUUCCUCAUUGAUGGGUCCAAGAGUGUACGGCCGGAGAACUUUGAGCUGGUGAAGAAGUUCAUCAACCAGAUUGUGGACACGCUGGAUGUAUCGGACAAGUUGGCCCAGGUGGGGCUGGUGCAGUACUCAAGCUCCGUACGCCAGGAGUUCCCGCUGGGCCGCUUCCACACCAAGAAGGACAUCAAGGCAGCCGUGCGGAACAUGUCCUACAUGGAGAAGGGCACCAUGACCGGGGCGGCCCUCAAGUACCUCAUCGACAAUUCCUUCACAGUGUCCAGCGGGGCUAGGCCUGGUGCCCAGAAGGUGGGCAUUGUCUUCACUGAUGGCCGGAGCCAGGACUACAUUAAUGAUGCUGCCAAGAAAGCCAAGGACCUUGGCUUUAAAAUGUUUGCUGUGGGCGUGGGCAAUGCCGUGGAGGAUGAGCUGAGGGAAAUCGCCUCGGAGCCCGUGGCAGAGCACUAUUUCUACACAGCUGACUUCAAGACCAUCAACCAGAUUGGCAAGAAGUUGCAGAAUAGGAUCUGUGUGGAGGAAGACCCGUGUGCCUGCGAGUCCAUCGUGAAAUUCCAGACCAAAGUAGAGGGGCUGCUGCAGGCCCUGACCCGGAAGCUGGAAGCUGUGAGUAAGCGGCUGGCCAUCCUGGAGAACAGAAUCGUCUAAGGCCGCCUGUCCCCAGCGCAGCGCACGGAGCCCUGCGUGUGUCCCCUGGAGCCCGAGUUUAGUCUAGCUUUGCCAGUUCAGC